UCCCGCACUCCCCGCUCCCGACCCGCCCUGUGAUUUUUCGGAGAGAGCCACUGAGGGCUGCUUUUUUUAAAUAAAUAUCAUCAAUUUUCUUAAUUAAUUUGAUUUAUUUAGUGUUUAAGUGAUCGUCCGCUAUGGACAAAUGUGGGAUUUGUCUUAAACCUGCAGUUCAACUGUUUGAAACAGGCAAGGAUGGAAUAUAUGCAUGCUUCAAGUGUCAGCCACUAGUGCCUGAGAUUACUAUUGGCGAGAAUGGCAGUGAUCAGACAGUACCACAGACCUCCAGCAACACUGAAGAGGAAGGCAAUGAAUCAUCAUUGUAUUGUGGCCUCUGCCACAAGUCUUUUCAGAAGAAUAUGCAGCUACAGAACCAUUUGCGCAACCAUCGUGCGGAGAGACGCUUUGUCUGCACUUACUGCAAUAAGGGUAGAGACAUAACCUCUGCUACUACAACGGAAAUACGCGAGGCGCACUCGGAGCUAAAGAGCCCGGCGCGCAGUGAGUCGCGGCGCGCCGCCUGCACCGUCUGCGGACUGAGCUUCGCCAACCCCAGCCUGCUGCAGCGACACACGGCCCAGCAUCACAGCGCUGACGCCGACACUGAUGACAAUGAGAAUGAUGAAAGACCCGUUGGAAAUCAAGGAGGAAGAUUACCAUGA